AUGGCCCGCUUGAAGUUGGAGGAGGAAGCCGUCCGCCAAGAAGCCAUCCACGAAGCCGAAUUAAAGAAGAUGGAAACUGGUCUAGAAGCCGAAGAAAAUCAGGAUUUAUUAUCUUCGCUCAAAAAACAAGGCCAAAGUCUGUUUAAAGACAAAAUUAAUCAAGUCAAUAAAGUGUCUCGUAGUCUCAAGGAGUCCAUUACUCUGAACGGCAAAAUAUUAUCAGGUGCUUUUGCCGCUACUAAAUAUUUUUGUCCCGUUUCAGAAAGAAAGGUCCGUAAUGGCACUCUCUCCGAAAACCAAGAAAAAGUGUUGAUUGCGGAUUGCCUAAAUGGCGACCGAUCCGAAGUUAGAGAAAAACAUAUGGUUAACGAACAAAAACAAACAAUCUUAAAUGAACUGGACGAACUAAGGAAGGAAAAUCCUAAUUUAGUUGCUAAUGAGUUUAGCGUUGAGCAAUUUAUCGCUAAUUGCCAAGAGGGUUCCGCCCCGAUUUCGGCCAUCGUGAAUUUUUUCUUAAAUUCUAUUCGCGAGAAAGAUAAUACUAUUCACGAAAAGGAUGAAGAAAUCAAGAGUAAAAACCAAACUAUCGCUAAUUAUCAAGCCCAAACGCAAGGUCUGAAUAGUCAAUUAUCUCGUAAUAAACCUCGCCGUUUGUCUUUACAAGAAGGGGAAAUUUAUCCUACUAGUUCCUCUCCUCGUCCGGAUUUACCUUCUCCUUUUCGCACUCCAGCCACUCCCACUAUUCCCGAAUUAGAAUGCCUUUCUAAUUUAGUUCACCAAAGAGAAAGCGAAUUAGAACAGGAAGCCAGCCAAGUAAUUGCCGAUUUACGAGCGAACAAGGAAAAAUUACUCCAGCAAUUGAGUUCUUUAAACAAACAAUUAGAACAAAAAGAAUCCUUACUAAGAGAUUCAGAAACCGAACGGCAAGAGCAAACUCACCAACUUACUCAAUUAGUUGAGAUAAAAGCCGAAAACACUAAACUUCGCGCGGAAUUAAAAACCAAAGAGGAGCAAUUUAAACAAAAAGAAAAGGAGGCGGAUGAGACCAAUACUGACUUUCUUUUAGCGGCGAACAAGGUGGAAGUUUUACAAGAACAAGUCAAGACCAUCACUAAUGAGAAUGUCGAAUUACAACAUUACUUAAAUGAAGUUAGCCAAGAAAGAGAUUACUUAAAAAGAAAUCAAAAGAGAACUCAUCAGGAAUUAUUAGACAAAAUCGAUGAAUUAACCCAACUUCAAAAGUCGGCAGCAGAGCAAAAAGAAGAGUUGGAAGAUAUAAUUUACCAACGUGAGGAGGCUUAUGAAAGCAUUCGCCAACAACGGGAGGUAGAAUUUCAAAAACAACUUGACAAUUUAAGAUUAUUUCAAAAUAGCGAAAGUAAUAAGAAUAAAUCUUUAAAAAGAUUAUCUUUACAUAAUCGCUCCUUAAGUGAGAGUUUACCAAACAGUGGUCGUUCUACUCCUAAUUCUGAAAAAGGUUAUAUUAUUUUCCCCGGUCAACCUUCCCCUAAAUUCUCGUCGGGCAAUUUAUCUGCCGAAUUAGAAAAACAAGGAUUUAGCACACAAGGCGGAAUUAUUAGUAAAGAGUUUACUUCUUCGCCAGCCAGUGAGUAUCCAGAUCCAUUUGAACAAGCCGUUAAAAGACGAAGUAAAAGAAGUUCAACUCUUUCUUAUGAACUGUUAACUAAUCAAGUAGAGACAGAAGAGUCCGCUGAAUCAGCCACUGAUGAAGCAGAAAGUUCCUUUACUGCUCUUAUGUCAACGGCCAAAUAUGAGUUAGCCGAAGUUCAGUCCAGUAAAGGAAAAGUUGAUCAAGAACUCCAAACGGCCCAAGAUAAAAUUAGGGAGUUAGAAAAUAAAUUAAGGCAAAGAGAAAAUGACUUAAAUCAAGAAAAAGAAAAUUUACACGAUGAAUUAGUGAUGGUCAAAAAUGAAAGUAAUUCCCAAAAAAAGGUCUUGGCUGAUUUAGUGGAUAAUGUGAGUCAGUUGAAAGAAGCCGAAGAAAUAAUGGAUAAACA